AUGUUGCUUUUUGCUUGCAGGGAAGCAUUGUUGGACCCUCUACUAUCUAAGUAUUCAGUUGUCAUUGUUGAUGAAGCUCAUGAGAGGACAGUCCACACAGAUGUGGUAUUAGGCAUUUUGAAAGGUGUUCAAAAAUCAAGGUCACAGCAAGUCAUGAACAAGGACAAUGUCAAGAAAAUCGAUAAUAUAGACUCCAAUGAAGACACAUCAAUUGGAAGUGGAAGUGGUUGGAAGGGCCAAGCAUCUCCCUCAGGUUGCCCUUUAAAGUUGAUUGUCAUGUCUGCUAGUCUUGAUGCAAGGGGAUUCUCUGAGUGCCUUGGUGGUGCAAAAGCUGUCCAUAUCCAAGGACGGAAAUACCCUGUGGACAUCCUGUAUACUUACACUCCUCAGCAGGACUACAUAGAUGCAGCCUUGAUUACCCUAUUUCAGGUCUAUAGCAUUGAAGGACUCGCAUCCACAGGGAAGGAAGCUAGUCUUCUACCCAGAUGUGUUAUUGGGUCUAUAGCAUUGACUGACAGACAUCCAGAUGGAAUGAACUUAGUUUUCACCCAGAUGAUAUCUAGAUGA